UUGACUCUGCUUCAGUUUGCACCUGCACAUUCUGACUGCAACACUCAACCAAGCACAAUGAGUGCAGGGGAAGAUCCUCCCUACAUCACACCAGUUAAGGGACAAGAUGGCAUGCAGGUUUACCAUCUCCACACCCCAUUCAGUCCUCCCCAAACCAGCAGCUCUACUGCCACGGCAGAUUCAGGAUUUGAAAUUGGAGAAGGCAAAAGCAAGUAUGUGAGUUACGACACGGCGCUUGGGCGUGAUCCCGGAAUGACCACCUGUACUUCCUGCCAGCAGCAGGUCAUGACCAACGUCACCUACAAAGCAGGGACGUACGCCUGGCUGAUGUGCUUACUCUUCAUCUGCUGCGGGUUGGUCCUGUGCUGCUGCCUGAUUCCUUUCUUCAUGAAAAACUUCAAGGAUGCAUACCACACAUGCCCCCGCUGCAACAGAGUGCUGCAUGUUGACAAGAAACAAUGCUGUAAAUGA